GAUUAUCAUGAGAACCAGCUUUGCUUCUUAUGCGGCAAUGGUUGUAGUUCAGCUGGCUUAUGGCGGAUCAAAUAUACUGAUGAAAAUCUCCCUUGAGAAUGGACUUAAUCAACUCGUUUUUGUGGUAUAUCGGCAUGUAAUUGCAAUGCUUCUUUUGGGCCCUUUUGCUUACGUACUUGAGAGGAAACAACGUCCUCCACUCUCCUUUGCAGUGAUGAUGAAGGUUUUCGCGCUUUCAUCACUCGGAACUACGAUCCACCUCAAUGUUUACUAUGCUGGUUUAGAGUACACUUCCCCAACUGUUGCAAGUGCCUUGAGUAAUGUCAUCCCCACUUUCACCUUCCUUAUAGCAGUUUUCCUUGGGAUGGAGAAAGUGACCAUUAGAAGUGCUAGAGGCCGAGCCAAGGUAUUGGGUAUGCUGACUUCCAUUGGUGGAUCUCUUAUAUUUACCUUUUGGAAAGGUCCGUAUCUUUUCAAGGGCCUUGUGGAGAGGCGGCCACUGGUUGACAUCUAUGACACCAAAGAUUCUGUUGGUGAAUUGAAGCGUGGUGGUGAGCAAGACUGGCUCAAAGGCUCUGCCCUUAUUUUGGUCAGCUACGUUGCAUGGAGUGCAUGGCUCAUUCUACAGGCUGUGGUCUACAAGGUCUAUCCAGCAAGAUUGUCACUGAACGUUUUAAUAUGUUUCUUUGCAUCCCUGCAAUCUUCUCUCCUUGCACUGUUUUUUGGAAGAAAUCCAACCAUAUGGAGGCUGGAGUGGAAUGUACAGCUCUUAACCAUUAUCUACACUGUGAGUAUUCACUCGUUGAUGCCACAUGUCUAUACAGGAUUUGGCAUAUCUGCGGUGGCAACCUGGGCCAUAAUAAUGUAUUAUAAGUUCUAUCACUUGGUCAUGUAUAUUGCGGGGUCAACUGAGAGAAACACUAAAUUAAACAAAGAUCAGUGCAUCAAUAGAACAUUUUUUCGUCUGCUGAUGUUUACUUGUGUGUAAGAUAGGGAGUUGUGAUAUCAGCAUUGGUGUACUAUCUACAAACCUGGUGCAUCAGCAACAAGGGCCCAGUUUUUGUAGCAAUGUUUAGUCCAUUACUACUACUGGUAGUUGGAAUAUUUUCAGCAAUCACUUUUGCUGAGCAAUUCCACUUGGGAAGGUAAGACACGCAAGUAAUUAAUGAUAAACUUGCACUUAUGAGAAUUGAAUUUGCUUAAGAUGGCUUGUUUUCACCCAUGGUAGACCUAAAAUCAGUGUGAUUAGUGAGUUUGAUCUGCUUUUCUCUUGCGUACAUGCCUAAGCUUCGUAGGAGCAGUUCUUAUCAUCAUGGGCCUGUACAGCGUACUUUGGGGGAAGAGGACCUACAAUCUUGACCAAAGGCAACGCGACGGGAGUAGUGAAGGCGCUGAUGGUAAUAAGGUGUUGGAGAUCGCAGUGCAUGACUGCACUGUGAUGAGUCCAGUCGAUUGCGAACAAAAACAAUGCCGCUUCUCUGGCAACAAGUAGAUAUAGAAUUGAUUGGAUUUUAAACCUACAGCCAGUAAGAGUGUGUACACUUUCUAUCCUCUAUGCAUAUCAUGUACCAGCCACCAGUUUUAGUCUUUCUUUGAUUGUCAACAUAGUUCCACUUUCUAUGACCAGAGGCUUUGUGAGGAUGAACUCACUAGAACAAAUUUUAGUGGUCCCCUUAUUGUAAUUUAUUUUAUCUCCAAG